CGGGGCGUGGGGGAAGGCUCGGACUGACAGACAGACCCCGGCGCGAUGGGGGGUGUGGUCGCUCUGCGGGGGUCCUGCGGGGGGCAGAGCAGCUCGGCGCCCACCUCCAGUCCCAGCCCCUCCGCCCGGGGCUAGCAAUGCACUUCCUUUCGUUUCAUGCAGGCUCCUGGGGACGCUGGUGCUGCCGCUGCUGCCGCCGUCGCCGCCGCCUGAGUCCCGCCCACAGACUGUGGCCCUGUGGCCGGCGCUGGCGGCUGGACAUGGCCGAGACCGGGUCGGUGCACCAGACCCGCUUCGAGGCGGCGGUGAAGGUGAUCCAGAGUCUGCCGAAAAAUGGUUCAUUCCAGCCAACAAAUGAAAUGAUGCUCAAGUUCUAUAGCUUUUAUAAACAGGCCACAGAAGGACCCUGUAAACUUUCACGGCCUGGAUUCUGGGAUCCCAUUGGAAGAUAUAAAUGGGAUGCUUGGAGUUCAUUGGGUGACAUGACCAAAGAGGAGGCCAUGAUUGCAUAUGUUGAAGAGAUGAAAAAGAUUCUUGAAACUAUGCCAAUGACUGAGAAAGUUGAAGAAUUGCUGCAUGUCAUAGGUCCAUUUUAUGAAAUUGUAGAGGAUAAAAAGAGUGGGAGAAGUCCUGAUUUGACUUCAGUCCGAUUGGAGAAAAUUUCUAAAUACUUAGAAGAUCUUGGUAAUGUUCUCACUUCUACUCCAAAUGCCAAAACUGUCAAUGGCAAAGCCGAGAGCAGUGACAGCGGAGCUGAGUCUGAGGAAGAAGAGGCCCAAGAAGAAGUGAGAGGAGCAGAGCAGCCAAGUGAUAAUGAUAAGAAAACAAUGAGGAAAUCUGCAGACCACAGGAAUUUGGAAAUCAUUGUCACAAAUGGGUAUGAUAAAGACAGCUUUGUUCAGGAUAUGCAGAAUGACAUUCAUGCCACUUCUUCCCUGAAAGGCAGAAGUGCCCACGAAGUCAAACCUGUAGAUCAGAACUUGGAGCAAAGUGGAAAAACUGCUGUCUUCACUCACCAAGAUAUAAAUGAUGAUCAUGUUGAAGAUGUUUCAGGAAUUCAGCAUUUGACGAGUGAUUCAGACAGUGAAGUUUACUGUGAUUCCAUGGAGCAAUUUGGACAAGAAGAGGCGUUAGACAGCUUCACCUCAAACAAUGGACCGUUUCAUUAUUACUUGAGUGGUGACCUCUGUCAAUCCUCGGAGGGUUCUGGUUUCCCUGAAGAUGUUCAAGUAUCUCCUGGAAAUGGCCACUUUGGGGCCAUGCAGGUAGUCGCAGCUGAAAGGAAAGGUGAAGUGAAGCAUGGAGGAGAAGAUGGCAGAAGUAACAGUGGCGCGCCACACCGGGAGAAGCGGGGUGGGGAGAGUGAGGAAUUCUCUAACAUCAGAAGAGCGAGAGGGCAUCGGAUGCAACAUUUGAGCGAAGGCGCCAAGGGCCGGCAGGUGGGGAGUGGAGGUGACGGAGAGCGCUGGGGCUCGGACCGAGGGCCCCGUGGUAGUCUCAACGAGCAGAUUGCGCUUGUGCUCAUGCGACUGCAGGAGGACAUGCAGAACGUCCUGCACAGACUGCACAAACUGGAAACCUUGGCAGCUCCUCAGGCAAAAUCAUCAUCACAGACUAGUCAUCAGUCCUCACGGAGACCGUCUUGGUGGCCCUUUGAGAUGUCUCCUGGUGCAUUAACUUUUGCUAUAAUAUGGCCUUUUAUUGCCCAUUGGUUGGUGCAUUUAUAUUAUCAAAGAAGGAGAAGGUAA